UCCUCAAGUGGAAUUGGUCAGUGAUCUGUGUCAGAGCAGGGCCAGUUGUUAACCCGUCUACUUCAUCUUUUUCUCGCCGCGGUUUUCCCGGUCAACCAUUUCUGUCCGUAUCGGUUUUCACGGUCUCGCCGAGGGACGCAACGGUCACUUUACUCGCGCGGUGAUAUUCGCUCGGCUCGACUCGGCUCCGCUCCGCUCGCGAACGUCCGCCCGGUAUCCGCCUAUACCCCCUUAGAGUUAGAUAUAUAACACAUACAUACGUGUACCGCGUACGUACCCUAUAGUACAAUAAUACAGUGAAACACAGUGGAGUUACCAGUGGGAAAAACAAAAAAUUGUUUGCAAGCGGACGUGCCUCACGGCGAUCGUCGUUCACCACGUUCUGGAUCGGAGCAACGGCGGCAGAGACAGGAUAUCGAGAAGAUCAACCACGCGAGGAGAGAGUGGCAACCAUUGUCGAAUCGAGAUACUCAGGACGAAAAGCAACAACCCCUUCGGAAGAGUUCACUCGGGCUGGCUCGCUCGAUGCGAACGCGCGUUCACUGUUGCACGACGAGAAUGUUAGCCGAGGAGGCAACAACAACGGCAGCAACAACCGGUGCUCCUGAUGGAGCAUAGAGGCGCGGCGUUCGAUCAGCAGGAGUGCCAGUAGCGGGAAACGAUCCUCGUAGCCCUGAGGCGGGCCCUCGAUCCUUGGCGGGGCCCGUGCUCGCGAGCGAAGCUGGGCGACACAAAAGGAACGCCGCGAUGGCCGCGACCGAUGGUCAGAUCGUCGUUGCGGCGGCACGCUGGGCCGAGGAAGCGACGUACCUUCGCGAAUUCGUCUCCAAGUAUCGUCUGCCGGCGGUGAUCAAGAUCACGAAGGGCCAGUACGGCGGGCUGGGCGUGCCCACGCUCCCAGCGCCCAGUCUGCAAAGCACGGCGCUGCUCGUGUCCGCCGGACGUCGACGGAAGAUCGUCGCCCAAGCCGUCAAGAUCAAGGAGGGUCGGAGAGUCGUGGGCGUCGGGCCGAGAUUGGCGAUCCCCGACUCGUACGCCGGCUACUUCGAGAUCCUCAGCGAGGAGGGCAGAGCGGUGCGAGGCAUCGAGUCUGUCAACGAGCUCUGUCGAAGAUGCCCCGAAGAGGGAGCUUUGGUCCGCGAGACCGUACGAGGCAUAGCUUGCAGAGUGGACGACGAGUCGGGCAUCGUGGUCCCAGAGGGGACGAGGACUCUGGCAGCCGGGGAGACCAUCGUCACCGUUGGAGAAGUUAGCUUACCCGGUCGCGGGAGAUUUCUUCGCUGCGUGGACUGUCGAGGGGACAGCGUCCUUUUGGGCAUGGAGCAACGAGGACGCUUCAGCGCGUUGGCACGCGAGGACAACAUCAGCGGCGUGCACACCGCGCGGGCGUUGCUCAGCAAGCGCCUGCCACUGACCGUUCGAUUGGUGCACGGCCAGCCACCGAGAGGGUUGAAGUCGUCUUCGCAGUUCGUACCCGAGUUGAGGCUGCUGUCGACGUUCGAAGAGGAGCACGUUUUCGCACUGCCCUUGCAGAGAGACGGCGCGGCCGUGGCGUUACCCCUGGCUGCUCCCUUGAAGCUGGUGAAAGCGCGGAACGAGGAAGCUCUCAGGUCGAUGCAGGAGUUCACGAGGCUGGUGGAACGCGCGUCCCGUCUGGUGGCUGACGUGGCGGACCGCGCUCACGUGCUAGACGGGAGACUGGGCGAGAGCAAACCCUCCAGACAGAACAGAAGCGGCUCCGGUUUUCUGAGGCGGUCUUCGACGAACUCGGACAACGCGCCGCUCCACCAUCGGAAUAGCACGAGCCACCAUCAUCAUCACCAUCACUAUCACAGCAACGGUCACCAAGUCUCCGGACACGCGGGUUACAGGGACGAGAAUCGGGUUCCACCCUCCGCCUGCACGGAGGAGUACGACGAGAUCGAUCAGAUCUACGAUUACGUACGCGGAUUCGCGCCGCUGCCGAAGAGCGUGAAAUCGCCUUACGAGAGCCCGUUGCCGGUCGCGCAGAGUUCCAGUCCUCCGCUGACGCCAGUCACGGUCACGAUCGCGCCUCUGUUGGACGACAGACCGGAACCACCGCCCAUCGAGACGAUACCGACGAAGAAGAUCCAGGCGGAGAAGAGGACGAGGCGCGCGGUGAAGGAGGCGCCGCAGCCGAGGCUCGAGAAGCCACCGCUGGCGAAGCUCUACGUGAAGAACAGCGGCACGCAAAGGGGGCGCCCGUUGAUGAGGCAGAAGAGUGCGUCGCCGUUGAAGGAGACGCCGCCUGGGUAUAAGGGCGGCUCGCCGCUUUUCAAUAUCAGAUAUAAGAGUCUGACGAAUCUGCAGCAGGCUAUGGAAUUGGACGGGACGCUGGACUCGAGUCAUUCCGGGGGGAGAACGUCAGGGGACUCUGGUGCUGGAGCUAAACUGCCGGAAAAAAGAUCACGGCGUUUGAGUAGACCGCGCUCGCUGACGAAUUUAGUCUGGGAACUUCGCGGUGGAAGCGGGCUCGGUUGCGCGAGACCGGAAACGCCUCCGCCCACCACCACGGCGCCGCCACCCCCUACUAAAUGUGGACCACGUCUGGCUGUCACCGUGGUGGCACCCCGACGUGUUGGCACGCUCUACCUCUAACUCAUUCGAACCGACGAAGGGCUGAAGAAGGCAAAGAGCGGUCCGGAUGGGCCAUCAAGGAUCUCCAAUGUCUUCGACUAAUCAAAAACUCGUAGCCAGAGCUCAAACGACGGAGGAACGGAUUCAGGGUCCGUCGACGAUCCCACCAGUUCUGCCCUUUCUCUGUUUCUUUUUAUUCAACGCAGCCAUUCGAUAACCUUACGUUUCGAACCAUGAGAAAUUUUUCGAUAAGGGAACAAAUUUGCGAUCAGCGAUCGCAACGUGGAUGAAAUUGAGUGAACCGAGAGAACGGUCGACCGAAUUCAGAAUGAUUAUUAUUGAUAGAUCGUGAGACCGCUUCCCAGCGAGGGAAAUAAAAUGGGCGGACGUAACAAGCUUCCAGAAGCGGUUCUCGUAACGCGGAUGUUCCAAGAUAUAUUAUGCGAUUAUCACGAAUGGUUCACAUUGACACGCGCCGUUAAUUGAUCUAAUAGGGAGCGUAGUUAAGGAUUUACGAAUGCCAUAAUAAUGAACAACUUUUUGUGGUUGUACUUAAGUCAUACCUUUACACUUUAACGUCUACGUUUUAAGGCCAAUUUAAGUACGUAAGUUACAUUAUUACUUUACUAUCGGAGUGCCUUCGAGUUUAAUCGAUAGGCAUCUACUCUUGCAUUCUUUUUUGUUUGUUUGACUUUUUUUUUUUUUACUUCGAUGGUUCCCGGUACCCGAAGAUUCCGUGAUAAUAGUUGUCGAUUUUCUCUGUUUAGUUUCUUAUUAAUCUCGGAGCGAAUUUGUUUUCUAAUUAUUAUUAUGCUGAAAUAAGGUCAACGAAAGCCUGUGGAUUGCGCAAAGAAAUUGAUGACUCGGCAAACCCUUUUUAUCGGAAGUCAGGUAUCGAGACCGCCUGUCGGUUAAUUGUCCUGGUCAGACGUCGGGCUCUUGACCUCGGUCUCACUUUUGUGAUUAUUAUUUAAGUGCAUAGAUCUAAGCAUACGAUAGGCUAGGCUUUUCACAACGUCUCUAUGUUCUCUUCGACAAAUUUUUUAUCCCCCCUCCCGUUCGUCUAUCGUCGGUGAAAAAUGUAUUAAACGAGAAGCGACCAAGCGAACGAAGCACCAACCGUGCGAAAACGUACUUUACGAAUAUAGAUAAUAUUCGAACUGAUAAUAAUAAUAACGAUAACAAUAACGCUGAUGAUAAUAGAGCUCGUGAAUCUGAAAUUACUAAGCGAGAUAAGAGUCACUCAUUUAUACGAUUCGGUCCAGAAUCGAAUCUAAUUCUGGAACGCUGGUUCAGAAAUGAUGAUAGUUCUGUUAAGGACCACGGAUUAAAUCCGUGCGACGUACUAGUUUACAGUUCUCUGUAACAUAAGUUUUUCUAGUUGUUAAGAAGGUGUAGAUUUCUUGAUCCCCAUGAUAAAACAUUUCUAUUUUUGCGUAAUGAAAGAAGAAGACACUCGGUCCCCUUUACGAUGGAACUCCGUGCGCUAUAAUCGUUCCUGAUACGAGCAACGAAUAUCCCGUAUGUCGACGUUCGCCGAGAUUUUGCCAGGAGAACAGGUUGCAGUCCUGUCAGCGUCCCUACCACCCAACAGUUUUUCAUACUCGUACCCUCAUCCUUUUCCUACUUUUUCAAUUAAAGUUAGCUUUCUAGCAACCAGGGCAUUGGAUAAAUCGUUGUCUUCGCGACGCGAGACAACAAUUAUUUUGAAUCGUUGCGAGUUUUCUUAUCGCGAGGUUCGUGUUUUCAUGGCGAAAUUCUCGAUGCGUAAGGGUCGAGGAUCGUUGUGCCUUCGAAGUGCACGCGUCCGAAUGACACGUUUAAAACGUCGUUAAACGGCAGACAUCCACUUUGUGAUUCCGUAAGCAGUUGUUCAAUGUUUUCUUUAUACUUUCCUUAAUGCUUAUCUAGGAUAGCUUGUGUACCCUAAAAGAGUGUUUCAAUAAAAGACAAUGAAAUCAA